AUGGCCAGCAAGGAGGACACGUCGCUUACUAACAUCCUUAGCUAUGAUUCAGAUCAGAGCUCCGCCAACGGCGCAAAUGCAGAAUCUACCGAGGCAGGAAACGAAUGCGAGCAAGUAGCGGCUUCAGAAGCAACCGCUCAACCGACGAACGCUACUACCAAAGAUGUUGCUCCAGAGACUGUGCCUGAGGAACAUGCAGAGAAAGCCCAGGGUCCACCAUUGGUCGUGGAGGACGGUGGCCGGGUUAGCAUGAAGAGGGCGAGGAUGGAGGAUGAGGACGAGGCAAGGGAUGACGACAACAUGCCCGCCAGGAAGAUUCUGAAGACUGAAGUUGAGCAGGAGGAAGGAGGGGGGAUCCAUGAGACCUCCCGUGAGAAUAGUGAUAAACCACAACCUGCUGAGCAGGAAGUAUCAUGCGAGAAAAGUGCCGUUCAUGACAAUGACGGGCCACCAGUGGUGGUAUCGGUGGGAGCAGAGAACGGUAGCGAUGCUCAUAGAGAUAAUGAGGAUAAGGCGGCGGUAGAGGAGACGGCGGGAGCAGGUCAUGCCAGCGCUACUCAUGACGUGAGCACUACGCAUAUGGUUGAGGAUUCAGAGGGAACAGGCGACGGGAGCGCUCGUGAUGGAGACAGAGAGGGGAAGGAAGCGGUAGCGAAGGAGAAGGAAGGGGAUGACGAUAAGAUGAAGGAAGGAGAUGAUGACAAGACUUCCUUGGCCAGCCAAGGCGAGUUAGGAGCACCAGAAUCUUCGAGCGAAGGAGUCCGGGAAGGGGAAACGUUGCAAGACACCUCGGAAAUGUCAGGAAAGGAUGGUAUUCCGGAAAUGCCCGCUGGUGGGGUGAAUGUCUCGACAAGGGAGGAGAUCAAAAGUUUGGCUCCAUCCGGAACUGGAGCUGAUUCGAAUUCUGGCAUGCAACAUGCGCCCCCUGUCGACCCUAAGGAACCCAACAUGCCUCCGAUUGCGGGGAAUGGAGGUGAUAUGAGAGCCGGAGAAGAAACAUGCGUUGGAUCCGACAUUCCUUCAAACGUACGGACAAAUACCAAUCCAAUUGCCGUGCCUGCGACGAAUGAAAUCUCGCUUAUGCCUGCAAUUGAGGCCCCCCAAAUCCCAAAGGCAGCUCCAGAGGCUAGCUCUACAGUAAACAAAGCAUCACUGCCCAGUGGUGGGCAAGACUCAGAAAAACCCAUCAGUCAGCAAUUGCCGUCUCAAACGACUCCAAGCAUCCGACCAGAGCCUCGUCCUGACCAGAAUCAGGCAAGGCAAUCAAACGACCGUGAAACCGAAUACGCGAAUUUUGUGGCAAACCACGGACUGAACACUACUCCUUCAGCCAAAGUGACGCCAUACCCAAUGACGCCUUCGAGUGUUGAUAGAAUGGGCACGCAAAUGGAUCCGCAGUCAGCCAAAGGGUUGGGUGGCGAUGGCCAGAUGAUCUCCAGGGUAGAUUUAACACCCAAGACUCCUGCCCCGAUACGUGGAAGACCUCCAGGUUCCAAGAACAAAAAGUCGGAUACGGAGAAGACGAAACGAUUCUCGCUGGAUUCCCUAUCACUUGGAGAGUCAGGGAAGAAGAAAAACGUGCCAAGGUUUGACCCUCCUGAAGAUCCAGCAAAGUUUCUUUCCUUUGUGAUUUUUUAUCUUCGAGUCGAACAACGCAGCCAAGAAGCCGAUGAUCUGUUGGAUCCGAGCAAGAUGCCAACAGUGUGCGGGCAAGCUGUCAAUCUCUGCGAGCUGUAUCAUAUAGUUCAAAACAAGGGCGGAAAGAACAGGAUGCAUAGAAGGUUGUGGAAGACAGUUUUGAAUGAAAUGAAACUGUCGGCCGAUGUACAGGCAGAUGCAAAGGAGCUGGAAAAUAUUUAUAACACUUACUUGCAAUUCUGUGAAGACAAGACUUGGAACCCUGAAGACUUGAAGAAGAAUGCUGAGGAUCUUGCUAGGGACCCCUCGAGCGUUACUUUGAAACAGCUCUUGGAUGCUGGCUUUCUCAGCCUUGAUGCUGAACUUUACUGGCAGAAGAAACACCCAGAGAAAGGGCUACUUGGCCCUGUUUUUGGAAAGAUCACAUUAGAUGGCCAGAUUGAGUUCGAGGGGCAGAAACACAAGACGCCUGCUGCCUUUGCCAGUGCUGCAUGCAAGUCUUUGACAGGCAGGAGCCUGAAAAGGAAGCAUGAUGGCUGGUCGUCCGUCCGAUACAGGAAUCGCACACUGGAGUAUUACAAAUCUCAGUAUAUAGACCGCAACUCGAGGAAGAAUAUCACGGGCAUGCUACAACCCGAACAGUACUUCGCUGCACAUACAAAUCUGCUGUCCAAACAAAAGGAAAUUAUCGAGCAAAGAGAGGAGGAGGAGCGGAACCGAGCUCUUGCACAGGAAAGGGAGAAAUCGGCAGCCAAAAAGCCUCCGCCCUUGUGGAUGUCCCCCGAGGAAGACGCUCGGGUUGCUGAAGAGAUCUCCAAAGGAAACGUCGUUGUGAACACGACUCUCAUAGCACAGAUCGAAUCCGAGAGCCUCAAGGGAGCAGAAGAAGCACGAAAGUUUCUCAGCAGCGUCAUAACUGCUAUCCGCAACGGCACCAUGCCAGAGUUGGUGAGCGGCCUGACGGUCACCCCCCGGGCUCUGAACAGUCUCAGUAAAUGUUUCUGGUAUUGGAUCCGCCGCACGAACUAUGUGCCGCCUCGAGGACAGUGGAAGAUAGACGACGACAUGAUCGAGCGGCUUCACGAAGAACUGGCACCAAAGAGGAGGAGGGUGGGCCGAGCGCUAAAGCAUGGGCUCCGGAUGAGCCGAUGGAAUGCAAGUCACCUGCCUCCAGGAUGGCGACGUGAGAUCCGGGAUGUCACUCUGGGGUACUACAACUACAUCUUGCCCGAUGGCAAAGUCUUUCCAACAUUCGCCAAGGCUCAUGAGUGGUACAGCGGCAUCACGCAGCAGGAGAGGGAUAUCAUUGAUGCAAAGGCCGCAAGUCAGAUCGAUGGCGCCAUGCCUGGACAGAGCGCAGAGCAGGGACAAGCGAAUGCCGGCGGAGAAGAAGCUGGGCAAGCAAUGAGCGAAGAGGAAGGGAACGGCGAGGGGGGCAAUGCGCAAGGGAAGCGAGAAGGGCCUGUAGAUUCAGAGCAAGUCGGAAUAGACGAAACGAACGCGUUGAAGGAAGAGGAUUCUGAGAACGAGCGUGUGAAUGAUGAAGGGCAGGAUGCUUCCGACCGUCCUCCGCUACCUGAGGCUGCCGCUGGGACGCAGGGGGCAGAGGAUGAGCAGGAGAAGUACAAGUUGUGGUUCUGCUCUUGUUGCUCGAAACCAGUCUGUCAGAACGUGGUGAUGGAAGACUUCAUCAGCAGGAAGCUCUGUCCUGAGUUCGAUGAGUGCCAGCAGUACGCAGCGGUAGUCCGUGAGUACUUGAUCCUCCUGAAGCAUCUUUGCCAAAUCAACAAGGGGAUGCAAAGAAUAGGAUCGAAUGCUUCAACUCUACAGCUCCUAAUCGAAGUCGUCCUCGCCGGAGCUCAUAGCAACUUCGACCACAAACCCCUCGACCACCUUGCGAUCGAAGUGCUUCUAGCGGUUGCCCCAGUGAUCAAUCUCAGAGUCUCGCCGGGAACAAGAAUUUUGUCGUUGAUAUCUGACGCUUUGACUCGAGCGUGUGAUAGUCAUCGAUUUGACACCGCCAGCAUGCUCGCGUUUCUGGUAGCCAGGCUGGCUGACAACCCGCAUAACAUGCAGGUGCUAGUUGAGAACGAAGAGCAGAUCAUGCCAAUUCUGCUGUCUCUCGUCAUGUUCCCGAGGAACGAGACGCUCAUCGCUCUCGCCCUCGAGGCCAUCCAACGGCUUCUCUCUUUCAGCUUCACCGCUCCAAUGCUGCGCAGAAUACACUCCAUCCAGGGAUGUCUGGGCGUGUUUGUCCGGCUGGUCUGCGGGAAGCCGGUGAUGAUCGCGUUGCACAGAAGCACACACAUCUCCAACGAGGAUCGGAUUCGAGCUGCAAACAUUCUCCUCAAGGUGGCGGAGGGAUCGGGCGGCAUAGCUGCCCUGCAGGAGCACGAGCAAGAGCUGGUCGAGCUGCUGACCAACAUUAACCUAUCUUUAGGGAAGUACAACAACCAGAACGAUGUCUCUCAUUUGACAGUCCUGCUGGCAUCCAUCAUGUACGCGUUGGUGCCGACUGAAGCUCCCUACCUCAAGGCGCUGGAGAAGUUGGAGUAUGACACCAGUUACGGGUGA